CGAAGUACCCAAAACACCAUGCGCAAUCAGACUUCUGGUGGUAUGUUGACCGCCGUGAAACGCGAGCGAAUGAGGCCACUCCACGAGACUUCGUCCGGAGCUCUGAGUGGUCAGAUUCAAACAGGCCCCUGGUGUUGAGUAUCAAAAUCCCGUGCCACUGGCACGCCAGACAAUGAAGGCAAUUGACAUAGACCGCCCACCUGUACUUCUGCUGACUUUUGCACUGAUGGCUUCUCCUGCUUUCAACAUGUCUCUCCUUUACAGAUUGAUUGCUUUGCUAGACAGGCAAGUGAGAAGCACAACACUCCUUUAAGAUCGAGAAUGACCCAUCUUACGCAUCCAUGGAUGGCAAUCCGCCGGCCGCGGAACCUCAAGCGACAAAGAUGGGUUGCUGGGGUCGGCUUUCCGGGGGGCAUACGGCAACAGUGCAGUUGUGGAAAGCCUCAUUCUCGAAAUUUUGAUCUGUGCCUUCUAUUCCCUCGACACAGAUUUGGCUCCAGCCGGUUUAACACCGUGUUCUUGCUGUUAUUCCGGUUGUUUUAUCAUGCAUCUUCCUUCGAAGUCGCCCACACCGGUUAUGCCAGACGACUUUAUUUGCCGCUUCCGCCGGAGACCGUGUCGAAGCCUUUCGAAGAAGUCGGCGACGAGAAGCCACUUAUAGCCCCCAACCAAGGGCUUCCGAACCUAUUCAAAAACUUCAGACGCUUUUCGACGACGGGAUGGUUAGACACGUUGCUCCAAGACCCCGCCGAAUUCAAGAAUCUCAAGGUCAAUUCGAUCACGUGGAUCAAGGCUCUUGCCUCCCCGUUCUCUCAUGAAUUCAUCCAAUUCAUUGUCGAGGACUCUGUGAGCGGUCAACGUACCCGGGUCGCCGCUGGCCGAGAAGAAACCGGAGACUGGGUCCUCGUUGGCUGGAAUUGGGCCUUGGGGGACACGCCAUCCGAUCAUUACAAUCUCCCACUGCCACUCCUGACGGUCACUUUUGAUGAUGUCAACAAGCGGCCAGACUUGCGAGCGCUGGCUUAUGUGCUAUCUGCCACUACCGAGAAGCAUCCUGCAUAUAAAUUUCGCAGAGAAAUGUGCUGGUGGUACGCCGAGACUGUGCUGGAGGUGAUGCACGAGCACUUUGGAGGGAAGGUCAAAGAAUGGGAGUGGUCGAGGUAUCGAUAUUCGUUUAUCGUCAAGACGAGCUUUAUCAGACGUAGAGUUUUGACCAUGCAUGCCGAGUUAUUCAAGCGGCAGCUGGCCGAGGAGAUGAGUUACUAGACUGCAUGGAUUGGAUCUCGCAUGACUGACACGGACAUUUUCAAGGCUCUGGAGUCGGACAUUUUUGGCAUAUAUAUAUCAGAGGCCUGCAUAUCCAGAGACCUGCAAGUCCUGAGUUGGAAAACGGGCCGUAUGGGUACUACAGUAGCUUGGUAUAUGAUCAUAGAACAUUA